AUGGAAGUCCAAAGUGAAGACCCCCAAGUACCUACUCGGAAUCUUGAAGAUGAAAAAGUUGAAGAAAUCAUUCUUUUGGAAGAAUCAAAGAAAACUAAGAAAUUUAAAUUAUGGCCACCCAGAGGACAAUUCAACAAAGUAGUAACAAAUGGUGUCCUCUUGGGGUUGUGUUGGAUUUUAGUCUGGUCCUAUACAGGCGCAGAAGUUUAUCCUGGUGGAAGCAUGUUUGGAAUAUUAAUUAUUUUCUAUUGUUCCAUUGUUGGUGGUAAACUUAUGGAAAUUAUUAAGAUCCCUGUAGUACCUCCACUACCUCCUCUUCUUGGGAUGUUGCUUGGUGGUUUCAUCGUCAGAAACACUCCAGUCAUCCGUGAUUCAGUUUAUAUCAAUCAAGUCUGGUCGUCCCAUUUGAGAAAUACUGCCCUUACCAUUAUAUUGGUACAAGCCGGGCUUGGGCUUGAUCCACAGGCACUGAAAAAAUUAAAGGGAGUUUGUUUAAGACUAUCCCUUGGUCCAUGUUGUUUGGAGGCAUGCUCAGCUGCUGUUUUUUCUCACUUUAUUAUGAAGUUUCCAUGGCGAUGGGGAUUUCUAUUAGGCUUUGUCAUAGGUGCAGUUUCUCCUGCUGUUGUGGUCCCCUCAAUGCUGAUUCUGCAAAAACAAGGAUAUGGGGUCAAAAAGGGGAUCCCCACCUUGCUGACUGCUGCCAGCAGCUUUGAUGAUAUUCUGGCUAUCACUGGUUUCAAUACACUCUUAAGCAUAACAUUCACUUCAGGUCCUGUAUAUAAGAAUGUCAUCAAGGGUUUUUAUGAAAUAGUAAUUGGUGUGACAGGAGGAAUUAUUAUGGGAUAUUUUGUUCGCUACUUUCCAAGUAAUGAACAGACUAUACUUGCCUGGAAGAGAGCAUUCCUCCUCCUGAGUUUAUCUGUUGUGGCUGUCAUAGGCAGCAAUCGAGUUGGUUUACAAGGAGCUGGAGGACUGGCCACCGUAGUGUUGACCUUUGUUUCAGCGUUGGGGUGGAACCAGGAAAAGGCAAGAGUGCAAGAUAUAAUUGCAAGAACAUGGCACAUUUUUCAACCGCUUCUUUUUGGCCUGGUUGGAGCAGAGGUGUCUGUUACGAGUCUUGAAUCAAAUACUAUUGGCUUCUGUGUUGGUACAUUGAGCUUGUCACUGUUGGUUCGAAUUACUGUCACAUUCUUAUUGGUGUCUUUUGCUGGUUUUUCAUAUAAGGAAAAAAUUUUUGUUGCCUUGUCAUGGAUCCCCAAAGCCACUGUGCAGGCCGUAUUAGGACCUCUUGCUUUAGAAGAAACAAGAAGGAGGAACCAAACUCAUUUGGAAGUGUAUGCAAAGAACGUGAUGACUAUGGCGUUUCUGGCAAUCUUGAUGACAGCUCCAAAUGGGGCACUACUCAUUGGCUUACUGGGGCCUAAAGUGCUUUCGUUAGAUAAGCCUGAAGAAACAGGAGAGAUUAUUUCACAGUAGAUGGAGGAAAGAGACACUUUUUUUUUCAAAAAGUGAGAAACAUU